AUGGCGGACACGUUGUUUGCGGCCAAGACGGGCGCGCUCGACUGGGCGCGCCUCCGUGAGCUAGAUCCAGAUCGAAUCAUUGAAACCCAAUCAGACGCCGACGCGGACCGUCUCGAAGCCCUCUAUGACAUGCUCGUGCGAGCAGAUGCCUCUGGGCUCGAACGCAAGCGCCUCUUGCAUGCCUUCCGCGUGCUGCAGCUCACGCUUGAAGUCAAGGGUGAUGAAUGCCGCGAGCUAAAUGAUGAGCUUCAGCAAGCACUACAGCGGCCCGAUGGCCCCGGCGGCUCGCGGGCACGUCCGCUGGGGGGCGGCAUUCUGGAGAGUCAGACCCGAGAGACGACGCGUCAGCUCGAGCAUGCUCAGCGAGAACUCGAAUAUUUCAAGGAACAAGUGCGCUCUUUAGAGCGAGAUUAUGAAGCUGCGCGUCAAGCCUCUGAUCGAGCGGAGAUGGAGACUGAAGCACUUCGUCAAGACAACACACGGCUCGAUGAGCACGUGAGCAAGCUUCAGAGCGAAUUGGCCAAGGAGCUAGCUCCUGUCCUUACCUUGCUAUUUUGCCAUCACUUCCGACCUGGCAUGCAGCGAGCUCACUUGCAGUCGCGGGACUAUCGGGAUGACGAGCUGCACGAUACACUUGCGGACCGUGACCGACAACUGGCCAUGCUGCGUGAUAGGCUCACUGAAGCAGAAACCUUGAACCAUGGCCUCAAUCAACAGAACAUGGACGUGGCAUCCAGUAAAAUCACAGAGCUGCACCAAGCGGUGGGCCAGUCACAGGCUGAGCGAGAAGAAUUGGCAGCACGCAUUGUCGAUUUGGAGCAGCAGCUGGAGCGCGCCGAAACUCAAGUCGUUGAAGCCACUCGCGCAGACGAUGCCAUCAUGACGUCGGUGCAGGAGACGGUGGGCGAAUGGAAACGACGCAUGGCUGAGAAGGAGGCCGAGCUUGCAGCGACCCGCGACGUGAUUGCUUCACUACGCCAAGAGCUGGAGAGCCAUGGUAUCAUGGCUCGGACGCAGCUUAUGGAAAACAUCAAUCGUGAACAAGAGCUUCGUGAUCUACAGCGUCAGCUCGGGGCCACCACGGCAGCCCUUGAGCAGGCCAAGCAGGACGGAACUCAAGACGGGCAGCUGCCUGGUGGUCGGCGACAAGAAGAUGCGCAGCUUCAGGCCAUUGAGAAUGAGCUUGAGGAUGCACAACGCGAAAUUACUCGUUUGCGGAAUGAGGUGGUACGCUACGAGCACGGCCUAAAUGCUGGUGAUCUUCUUGAGGAGCUCAAGCAUUCGCGCCGCCAACUGCACCGCAAAGACGAAGACAUCCAGCGGCUGGUCAAGGACAUCAACACGGCCAAUCGUGAGCUCGAUACGGUGCUCGAUGAGAAUCUUCUAUUGCGGGAUGCCCUGGGGCCAGAGGCCACGCCGCCCACGGCUGGCCAAGUCGCUGCUAUUCAUGACAGGCGCGACCAGGAUUUGAAUAACCUGCGGCAAACCAAUGCCCAUCUAACCAAGGAGGUUGAUCGACUCGAGAGUGAAAAAGCAGUCCUUCGUGAGCGGGUCGUCAAGCUCAGCCUCCGCGAAAAUGGGAGCGGUGCAGGCAGCGCUGCUGGCCCUGAUGAAGGCAUGCUCGAGAUUGAAAACUUGGCGGGCCAGGUGCGCAAUGCCCUGGCGUCGGCUGCUGCCGCCAAGCGUCGCGCUGAGGCCGCCGAAGCAGAAUUGCUCGACUGCCAUCGGAGUCAGCAAGUGGUCCAUGCUGACCUACAACGAAGCCAAGCUGAGACCCUUCGUUUGCGAAAUGAGGCAAGCCACUUGAGAAGUGCCUUGCAACAAGUAUCGCAGUCGCUACAUGACACUCAAUUGGCCAUCCAAGCCGAUGGCUCGCUUCGCGAAGUACGCGUGAAUUGUGAUGAAGUGACACGUCUCCUGAACUUUUAUCGCAACCCCAACUCGGGCAUGUCCGCCGCAACGGGCCCCGGCAGUUCUUCAGUCACUGUCGACCAGUCGCCACAGGUUGGAGAGACAGCCCCGGUGGCGGUGACGCACGAAGCUGUCCUUCAGUUCCAGUCAGAUAUCAUGCGCUUGCGUGGUGCCAACGUGGAACUCAAGGCUGCACUUCAAGACUUGCAAAAACGGCACGACACCGCCGUCCGCCACGAAUCCCAGCUGGAACAGCAAUUACAAGCCAAGGAUAUCGAGCUUCAACGUUUGCAGGGAAUCAAUGAAGCGCUGCAGAGUGACUCUUUCCUGGAUCUGCCAAAGGGCAUGAGUCCCACCUCCAAGCAGAUCAUCGCAACGUUGAAUGAGCAAAACAUGGUUCUGCUGCAGCAAGUCGAGGAGCGGACCCAAGAGCAGAUGCAGCUCACCGAGGCCUUGCAAGAGGCGCGCCGCGACCUGAGCGUUUUCGCCCAGCAGCAGCAAUUGCUGUACGAUGCCCACUCUGAUAAACAGGCCGAGUGGCGGUCUUUGCUUGAAACGCAAGCUGAGGAGUUGCAACAAGCCCGGCAAGCAGCCGAGGCUGGCCAGCAGUGGCAGGCACAGUUUGCUCAGCUUAAUGCAAGCCUGCAAGGGAAGGACCAGGAUGCAGCCGCUGAGCUGGCACGCUUGGGGUCUCUCGUGGCCAAGCUACGAAUUAACGAAGGGGAUCUCAAGCGUCGCUACACCCAACAGCUGGAAGUGGUCAAAGAAACGGAGAAGCGUCUGGAUCGCCUCCAGCUAGAGCAACAACAGUCCCAAUACCAUGCAAGCGAACGCAUCUCUUUCCUUGAGCGGGCUUUGUCUGCGGCGGAGUCACGCCUGCAGCUGCAACAGCGUCAUCUGGAAGAGAGCGUUGCCGCGGGAGAACAUCAACGCGUCGUUGAGCGAGCUGAGGUGCUGGCGACGCGUUAUCGCAUCCUUCUGGAGGAGCAUCGUCAAUUGCAAGAAGUCCAAGUGCAUCAAGCCGGCCAGGCCCUGGAGGCUGGUGAGCAACGCCACCGUGCUAGCCUGUUUGAGCGUGAGGCUGAGCUCCUACGCCGGGACUUGGAGGCUGCGAAUAGCAACUUGGAGCGCGGUGAGCGCACUGAUGCCAAGACACAACUGCUCUUGCGUGUGCGGGCGGAUAAUGAGAGCCGUCGCGCCGAGCUCGCUGAGCAGCAGCUGAGUCAGGUAAAUUCGAUGUUGCAAAGCGUGCGACAGGCAGAGUCAGAGGCCCAGGCACGGCUGCGCGCACUUCAGGAAGAGCUGCUGGAGGCCCGCAGUGCAGAAGCCGAGCUGCGAGAGCGCGUGGCAGCCUCAGUACCACCAGAGCGGCUUGCGCAGGAGCAACGCGAACUGGAUGAUGCUCGUGAACGAUUGCAGUUGCAACAGGAUGAACUGCUGCAGGUUCAGCACGAGCGAAGCAUGGCUGUUGAGCAAGCCAGCGCCUUGAAUCGGCUCUUACAGGUUUUGCAGCUCGAAAGCAAAAGCGUCAAGCAACAGCUGAUUGAACUGCAAACAGUGGAUGACGAAAAACUUGCGAUGGGACGAAUGCAUCGCCGACUCCUUGCUGUGCAGAUGCGCGAGGCAGAUGGGCUUCGCAUGCUGGAGGUCGAGCGCCGACGGUGCAAAGAGCUACGUCGUGACCUUGCCGCUCGAGAUCAAGCCAUGCAUCAGCUCAAAUUGGCUCAGUUCGACAAGAGCAAUGAUGCCCGCAUGCGGAUGCGGGAGCUGCGCAACCGGCUGUCAGCGCUGCGUACGCAAUAUUUAGGCGCUGCGCCACUUGAGACGCAAGAAAAGCUUGCAGCGAGUUUGAAGCAAGUUGCGGAAAUGCGGCGCGAGGCACGCACAGAGUUGAUGGCAGCAAAGGAUCGCCACGACGAGGCGGCCUUGGAGCUGCAAAAACUUGGGCAACAGCAUCUUCAGCUGAAGGAGCUGAUGAGUGCGACGAGUCAAAAUCGUCUGACGGAGCAAGUCACAGAGUGGCAUCAUAAAGCGGGGCAACUCAAGCUUCAGUUACUAGAGGCUGGUCGUUCACGCAAACGAUUGGAGAAUGAGCUGAGGCUCUUGCAAGAUGAUCAUGUCGAGCUCGUGGGAGAGCACCGCAAGCUACAAAAUGAUGCCGUCUCAAUGGCCAAGCGGUUUGAAGAGCGUGAGCUGCAAUGGUGCUUUGAGCGGUUGGAUGGACUCUCUGCCGAGCUCAGUACGGCGCAUGACGAUGCCCGCAAGCUGCAGGAGAAGACGACGGCUGCUGAAAUCCAGUGUAAGCUGAAUGAGGCUCAGCUACACAAAACCGAGGCUCGCCUGGCAGAGCUUGGAGCGCAGCUGCCGAAUCGGGUGGAUGAUCGUGUUGGCCAUAGUGCGGAUGCCGAGGCUACGGUGGAAGAGCUGAUAGACCUUCGUCAUCGCUACAACCACGUUAUGCAUGUUUCUCAACAGACGAUCGAGAGCUUGAAGUCAUUGUUAGCUCAGAAGGAUGCUGAGCUUGAUGCCGUGCGCAGUGAGCUUGUUACCUCACGCCGCAAGAACCAUGAAGCGACCACCGCUUUGCAGGCCGAGCUGCAGACAACAAAGCUCCGCCUCGACGAUGAACGGAUUGAGCUUCGUCAAGCACAGGAGCAACUGCUUCAGGCCCGGCAGCUGGCCCAAAUCCGCCUUCAAGAGGGAGAGCACGAGCGAACACGACACGAACAGCAAUUGACCGAACUCAACCAAAAGCUGGCCGAGCGUACACGAGAGUGCGAGACAACCAAGACGGCCCAAGUUAAUCUGGAAUCAGAGCUCAGUCAGUCGCGACGUACGAUUGAAGAGCUCGAGGAUCGACGAGAACAACUCGAAGCAACCACUCGCGCCACUGUCAAGCAGUUUCAGGCAGAGGCGCAAGCGGCGCAAGACGAGUUGGCUCAGACCAAGGUGCGCGUGAGUCCGCAAUAUCUGGAAAAAGCCUUGCGCGUUGAGGAGUAUCAAGCUCGCAUCUCCACCCAGCAGCGCCGCAUCGUCGAGCUUGAAACCUUGGUGGUGGAGCUGCAACGCAAUAUGGGGGCCAGCGCAAGCCUCGAGCAACAAUCGCAAGACUUGUCGACAUCGAUUGAGCGCCGUUCGACUCAACUGCAAGCCCAGACCGCUCAGUUGGAGUCCAAGCUCGCGGCAGCCACUGCACAAGCAGACGGCCUGCAGCACGACUUGGCAAAAGCCCGCCAAGAGACUGAGGAAAAAGGGCGUCAGCUCGCCGAGGCCGAGAGACAGUUACAAGCGGAGCGAGCGUUGGUCGCCAAAUCAGAACGGGAUGCAGCGCGGGCCAAGAAGGAAGCGCAUCAAAUGGAGCGCCUCCGCAAGGCGGCAGGAGAUGAAGCAAGUCAUUUGCGCACGGAGCUUGGCAAGAUACAAGCUCAACUCAACACUGUCCGUGCAACUCAAGCUUCGCGACGUGCGACUGGCGAAACGCAAGGCAUAUCUAGCUCUGACGCCAAUGCCGAGGCGAAUGUUGGCAAGUGGGAAGCAGACAAGAAAUUGCAGCAGCGUGUGGAUAAUUUGCGGAGCAAACUGGAACAAAAGAACAAAGAGCUCGAAGCCAUACAGGCACAGAAUGAUGGGAUGCGUGCGACCAUCGAUCGCUUCCAAAAGGAGCGGCACCAGUUGCAAAAGCGGGCCAAAGCUGCCGAAAAAGCCAAUGGUGUUUUGCAAGAGCGGGUCGAGCGGUUGAUUGGCGAGACGGUUUCUCGUCAGGAGCACCGCGAGGCCAUUGUUGCGUUGCAAAACGAAGCAGACCAUGAGCGGCAAGAGGCGAGUCGACGGUUGCGGAAGGUGCAAGAGGAGGCGGACGAGCUACGGACACAUCUUUCUAUGGCAGAGAAUGCUCGCUACGGCGAAGACGAUGAACUGUCUAUUAAAGCGCAGUUGUUGGAUGCCCGAAUGCAGCUCGAGCAGUACCAAACGGAUGCUAAACGUCAUGCCCAACAGGUCAAGCAGCUACAGCAAGAGCUUGCCGAACAGCAGCAAAAGCAGCACGAGCUUUCGGGGCUAGAAAAGCUUGAAGAAGAACGAUCAGCCGCACUGCUAAAGCAGCUGCGCGAAGAGCACCGAAAGCUGCAACGAGCGCAUGAGGCCUCGAGCAAAGAGCUGAAUGAGCUCCAGACUGUUAAUCAACAGCUUCAGGCUGAGCUGCUCGGAGGACCCCCCACGCGCCUGGUCAAGGUUUACGAAGAGCAGCUGGAAGGACUGCAGACUCAGUUGCAGCAAAAAGAUGAAGCCAUUGCCAAGGCACGUGACACGAUUCUGGAGUUACAGUCACGCGAGCAGCACGCACUUGAAGCGAUGACCGCGGCUCGCGAGGAAAAGUCUUUGGCGCAGAGCGUCGAGGUUGAGCGGUUGGCACGCCAACAUAGUGAGCGGGUGAAGGCCCUACAAAAGACUAUUCGCCAGGUACGUGCGUCAUGA